AUGUCUUUUACCAAGGAGAAACUCGCAACAGAGUUGAAGCUCUCCGACAGCGAUAGCUUCAAAGGGCGAGCAGAAGCAGAGAGUAAGCUGAUGAGAGUUGGCCGGCUGGUGGCGUUGGUGCCAAACGAGGAUGGCUCACGGCAUUCAGUGUUGUUUGAAACUAAAUUCAGGCCGAUUGCCCUUAUCGUGUUGAGACUUCUGAUUGGACAGGGACGGAGCAAUGGGGCGCUAAACCCGAAAUGGGGUAAAGUGGACUGCGCGCCUUUGGACGCGUUGUGGAUCCAUUUUCAACCUUCUUUUGUUUGCUGUUCAAUUGCCGCAGUCCAUCCCUUCCGCCAGCAGCUAAUUUGCCCAUUUCUUCGAAAGAAAAUGGCUAUAGACGCUGCAGAUGAGAAUGAUACUCUGGAGACUCGCAGGCGUAGUGCGCGCAAGCAGGCCCAGCAAUGGAUGACCAAAGGAGGUCUUGUUCGCGAUGAUUCUGACGACGAACUUGGUGAUGAGGAUCUUCCGUGGGAAUGGAUAUAUGCGGUCGAUACUGCUGAGAACAAGGAGGACACUGUGACGGACGCCCCAGAAGACACACCAAGGUCAAAUCGAAGGCGCACCUCCCGGGCUAACGCAAAGAACCGUCGACCAAUUAUUGGAGCCCGGAUGGGUUCGUUUGAAUGCAAAUUGGGUCAGGUCGUGCUGCUCAAAUCCCCGGAGCCAGGUAAAGAUUGGGUGGGUAUCAUCACGGAAUUCAUGGAGGAAGAGGAUGAAGCGGAGGGUGAGACGAUCAAGUCCGCCAACAUCAUGUGGUUUGCUUCACCAGACGAAUUCAUGUCGACAAGGAACAAGAGACGAGCAGACGCUUUGCCUAAUGAGCAGUAUCUAACGGCCGACUUCAAUGUCAAUCCAAUUACAUCAAUUAACGGUAAAGCGACGGUAAUGUCCAAGGAUGUUUUUUUCGCCAAAUAUCCGAAUGGGGCUCCGCCGAAAGGAAAGGAACAAUUGUCAGAUUACAAUAAAUGCAUUGUCUGCCGUAGAGGUGUGAAUCAACUUCAAGGGAGAUACACCGAGGAAUUUGUCUGGGAAGAUGUCUAUCGGGAGGAUAGGAUCUUCGAUCUGAUUGCUAUGAUCAAGGAUGGCUUGAAAAAGGCCAAGAAGCGAAAGCAGGGUGAUGAUGAUGUGAGAUCCAACCGACUUUGCUCGAAGGUUUAA